AAAGAGCAUACUGUGCGCAUCGCGCACCCUUGUAUAUUCUAGCACUAGAACUUCCCCCUUCUUCAACUACGAAACGUUGGCCGCUCCAUUUCAGUGAGAGUUGCUGAAGACCCAAAUUUUAUUUUAUUUUUCUUUACUUUUCUGGUUCCAUUUUGUUUGCUGUGUUAUCGUUUUCUCAGAUAUUACGUCGAAUCAGCUCAAUCUGACGGUACCGAAUGCUCUGCUCAAUCCCAACCGCUAAGUCCGGUUCGAACUGGCUGGACCGGCUUCGUUCUAGCAAGGGGUUUCCGACCGGCGACAACCUUGACCUCGACCAUUUCCUUGCAAAUCCUAACCCUUCUGAUUCUCCAAUCACCAAUGCCUCCGAUUCUCCGAAUUCCAACUCCGAGUCAACUCACUCCAACGAUGGACAACUCCAGAAUCCGAAGCCACCACCUCCGGAGGCGAUAUCCAGCGAUCCCGAAGGAGAUAAAGAAUGGUUUGGUAUAAUGAGAAAUGUCCUCUCGGAGCUCUUCAACAUGGGCGAACAAGCCCAAACCUCCAGAUUUUCCAGGAAAAAAGCUUCUAGGAAACAAACAAACCCUAGAAUUUGCACUUUCAAGACUCCUGAGGAACAGAAAAGCAGUUCGGAUAACGUGAGAAAUGACAAGGAUACCCUCGUUUCAACGAGGUCGUCGAAUUCAAGGGAAGAAUCGAAAGAGGAAGGCGAGAAUAACAACGUGGAAGAAGAUAAAGAAGAAGGCGAAGGAGAAGGAGAGAGAGAACUGAAAGGGUACUCGAGAAGUGAAGUGACGGUAAUAGACACCAGCUGCCCCGUGUGGAAAGUUGACAAGCUUAUCUUUAGAAGGAAAAAUAUCUGGAAAGUUAAGGACAAGAAAGGAAAGUCACGCACCAUUGGUAGAAAGAAGAGGAAAACCCCUCCAUCUGACCUCAACAAUGUUGGUAUUUCUAAUAAGAAACCAAAGAUUUCGAGUUUGGAGCUUCGGUCACUCAAAGAAACUAGUGGAAGAGAAUGCGGGUCGCCUGCAAAUCAUGGGUGGAAUGGUCCAGAUGACAAAGACGAAGAAGUUCGUGAUGAGGGACCUGCUGAUCUUACCCAAGUUCUUGGAAAGAGGUUUCCUUUCUCCAGAUUACCUCGGAAAUCAGGAAAGGGAAGUUCUGUUAUCCUUAUGAAGGCUAUUCCAACAGGCAAGAAAAAUGGAGCAAAGCUAGCUAAGAAUGGCCUGAAGGACAGUCAGAGGCAAUAUAAAACCUGAUAAGGCAAACCUUAAAGUUUGUCUGGUAUAGCCAAUUUGCAUGCCAGUUCUGCAUUUGAACCAGCAAUUACUUCUAUUUUCAUUUUAUCUAUAGGUGGAAUUCAAAGGCCUACAUGGCUGAGAUUUUGGGGCUAAAGUUGCUCUAAACUUCAACCCUGUGGGUAAGGUGUCCAUAUGUUGUAAUAGUGUAUUAUUUCAUCAACCGUUCCUAUAACAUUUAUUUUUUGUUUGAUAAAGUAAUAUGAAAUUUAAAUUUAGAUUUCA